UCACCACAAAUGAAGUUGACCCGGAGCUUUAUCAGAUUUCCAAGGAAAGUGCCUUUUGAUGACCACGAUUGAAUAUCCGCAAUGAUCCGCGCAGAAAAGGGACUUUUUCUGUGGAGCACAGGUGAGGAUUUCAUUUGAUUAUGGUCCGUCUAGCGUAUAAUUUGACAAGAUCAGAACCUUUAUAAAAGCCAAGAGACUUCAGCGAAUAUUAAACAUUUUUAUGAGAGGACUCCGGUCUACUGCUUUCUUGUGUACUUGUCUGACAACAUUUAGUUGAUUUGAUGAUGGAAUCGAUCCUUUGCUUCGCUCUGAUCGGAUUAUGUUCCAUCAGUUUUGUCAUUGCUGGUUGCCCUUUGCCUGGAGAUCUUCCCACGAAAUGGCACGGCAACGAUGUCUUCUUAUGUGCCCGAGUGUACGAGCACGCAGACCACCAGGCCCACAGAUCAUGCUAUGGCGCACAACGAGAUAUCCCCAGUGAGGGAGACUUUGCCGGUGCUAGAAGUGACUGGUGGAACGACCGAAUAUCUUCAGUCGUUGUUCGACCUGGAUGCCGCCUCUCCGUGCACUGGGACACAAGAUUUCGUGGAAGCGCGUUCCAUCUGAACAGUGGGGUUCAUAAGCAUCUUCGUGGUUGGAAUGAUGAGAUCUCUUCGUGGUCUUGUGUGUGCGAGUACACAAACGCCCCAUUGAUGUGUACCCCUACGGAUUCGUUUAGGACAUUAAAGAGUUGUCAAAACCCAGGGAGCUUAGAAAUGAAAUGCGAGUAUUGGGCACAGAAGGGGUUAGUCUUAGGAAAUUCUGUUACGAACGGAAGAAGCGUGUCCACGACCGUUGAAGCGACAGUUGGUGUGACUAUUAAGAAGGUCUUCAGUGCUAGCCUGGGCGUUUCACAUACAACGUCGUACGAUUGGUCCCAAACAAGGAGCACUGACUACAGUUCGGUAGUCACGCACAAAGUCUCGUGUUCUGUACCAGCGGGUCGCCGCUUAGAUAUUCGACAAGUCAUUGGCGAAUGUGGCGAUACGAAUGUGUUCACAGGACAUUAUGAGUGUCGAGACAGCGAGAUUCCAGACGGAGCAAGCCAGAGGGAAAAUCCCGAAAAUCCAGGGCAGUCCGGAGGCCCGUCUACUUCAUACACAGCAGUGGGUUGCUACAGGGACCAGACAGUGCGUGCAAUAAGUGGUGGAUUUGUUACCUAUCAUCAACCGAUCGCCAGUUGUUUCGAGAGAAGCAGGCUCGCCGGGAACGAAUACUUUGCUAUCCAGGCCGGUAACCAAUGUUUCACUAGCAGUGAUGCUGGUCAAACCUACAAUCAGUAUGGUCCUUCUGACGCCUGCCAAGACGGUAGAGGAGGCAGUUGGGCAAUGACUGUCUAUCGCAUUAAUCAAGGAAAUCAGGGACAAAACCAGAGAGAAAAUCCAGGGCAGUCCGGAGGCCAGUCUACUUCAUACACAGCAGUGGGUUGCUACCAAGACCAGGCAGUGCGUGCAAUAAGUGGUGGAUUUGUUACCUAUCGCCAUCAACCGCUCGCCAGAUGUUUCGAGAGAAGCAGGCUCGCCGGGAACGAAUACUUUGCUAUCCAGGCCGGUAACCAAUGUUUUACUAGCAGUGAUGCUGGUCAAACCUACAAUCAGUACGGUCCUUCUGACGCCUGCCAAGACGGUAGAGGAGGCCACUGGGCAAUGACCGUCUAUCGCAUUAAUAAUUAACCCAUAUGGCAUCUGGCGAUGCAGGAUUUCAUAGGGGGGGGGGGGGUGCAAAUAAAAUCCGUCACUUUCAUCUGCCAUAAAUAUUUUGACAAGCAAAAACGUGGGCGUGGUAAAGGAUUUAACUAAAAUCGAAUGAUCAUAAUUGCUUUACCCAAAUAAAAAUCUGAAAAAGUGGAUUUUUUUUUCGAAAAUAGGUUUGUUUCCGACCUCCUAUCGCAGGGUACUGAUUGUAUACAUCUUUUAGAGGGAGACGUGAUACGCAUACCCCACCCCAAUCCUUUUCUGGACUCGAGCUAGCUUAUUGAUGGUUACUUGAUAAUAAUGAUAUAGUUAUUCGUCAAAACAUGGGCAAUGUAUUUAGUAUUUCAUUUUGACUUUUGGUGGGCUCAAAUCAGGACCGCUAAUUCCAUAGAGACUCACGGUCAUUUUCAUGGAAACUUGAUCGUUAUUGCAAGUUGAGCCAUCUUUUACAAUGGUCGUUACCAUAAUGGUCAGUAUUUUAUGAAACGGGUCCAGUAGAUGUUGCAUAAUAUGGGUGAGGUUUUUUUAUGUACAUGUAUAAUAUGCGUAUUUUGUGUAAUAAUGUCUACUUGUCAUAUGCCAUUUUAAUAUGGAUUUUAAUUGCGUAAUUAAUGUUUGAUUGCUUGAUUCCCAUAAAUAUUUUAGUGAGAAUAACCAUAUAUCUUCCUUUUUAUACAUUUCUUAUCUUUUAAGUCCAUUGAUAGUUUUAACACAAUUUUUUAUCAUCUAUGGUGCAUAAAAGUUCCGUCCGAAAAUACUUACUUUGAUUGAAUUGAAAAUUUUAAUCAUUACAAUAACUUGAAGAAAAAAAAAUAGAUUGACUUCUUUUCUUCGGUAUAGCGGCCCGUAUGUGCAACGUCGUCAUAAUAUUGUACUUUGAUCCAUAUCCACUGUAUUUUGUAAUUUUCAUAUUAACUAUAUCUUUUAUAUAAAACAUUUUGACAUUUUCCUUUGUCAUCUGGUCGGAUAUCCUUCUAUUAAUAAAUCAUUCUUACUCGCGUUAAUAAA